GAUUUCACUGUUAUCUUCUGUCCAUGUUGAACUGUUCCCUUUUACACACAUAAAUCUCGCUUACAAAAGCGUGACUCUGCAUUUACCUGCUUAAUAACCGUCUGCACCUUCAGCCUUCACAGCGCAGAUCUACUGAGAGACCUUCAAAAUGGAGAUCAUCGACAUUUUACCUGCAAAUUUCGGCUAUGCGAUCUUCACCUACUUAUACAGCUGGGUCAUGUUGACUUACCUUGGUGUAAAAGUCGGAGGUGCACGAAAGAAAUACAAUGUGAAGUACCCCACAAUGUACAGCACUAAGGAUGAUGUGUUCAACUGCAUUCAAAGAGCCCAUCAGAACACACUGGAGGUCUACCCACAGUGGCUGGUUUUCCAGACCAUUGCUGCACUGGUAUAUCCCACGGCUGCCGCAGUGCUGGGUGCUAUCUGGGUGACUAGCAGGUUCUCCUAUGCCUGGGGUUACUACACUGGUGACCCUAGCAAGAGGAUGUACGGGGCCUAUGGCUACAUCGGCCUUUUCGGAGUGAUCAUCCUGUCCAUUUCUGUUGCUCUUCAGCUGCUUGGAAUGAUUUAAGGGCUUAUAAUUAAACACUACGCUCAUGCCUAGCACUGAGUGUACAAUAUUUUUUUAUGUCCAUGUUUAUCCAGAAUGUGAUAUGAACAUUAAAUCUCAUUUAUAGCACUGACCAAGCAACUUUUUUUUUUAAAUGUGUUUCUUGUAAUUUGUUUAUUUAGUUUAUACAUGAAUGAAUAUGACAAUAAUGGCUUAUAUAGAACUGUGAAAGCUCAUUAAUACCACUGUCCAAGUGUGGGUUUUUUCAUAUAAAUUUUUUUUCAGUACUUUUGCAUUUAUAUGUAAUAUGCAUAUGAAAAUCAAUUCUAUAUUAGGAUCACUAUUACAGUUUGUUGACUUGUUCUAACAUUUUUUUGUUUUGCAUUUCAUGUACCACUAAAAUUACAAUAAAGUUGUAGUUCUUUUUA